GGAUUGGGUCAAAGAUCGACGAUAACGCUGCAUAUUCUCGAUUAAAACAAGUCGUGAUUGGAUCAGAUGAAGUUGUAUAAACUCUAUACGCAUCAAAAGGCCUAUAGUGAUGCUGAUUUGUUAAUUAAUAAUAAAGAGCAUCCGGAUGCGAAACUUAGCGAUAUAGUUGAAGUAUAUCAUCGCGAUGAUGAGGAAAACACUAGACUGUUAUUACAGAUAACAAAGUUUAAUGAUCUUAAAAAUCGUGAUGCAAUUAGCAUUGAAUCGGGAGUCGCAACCCAGUUUAAAUUACGACCGUUCACCGAUGUCAUAAUGCGGAUCGUUGAUGUUUAUGAUGUUGCAUUGGAUUCAAUCGAAAUAACAUUUAAAGACCAAUAUAUGGGCAGAUCGGAAAUGUGGCGAUUAAAAAAGUACUUGACCAACACAUGUGUUUAUGUAAAUAAAAAAAUUGAUUACAAUGAUAUGCAAAUACGAUGCCAAGUCUAUGAAAUGUGGUCGCAGGGUGAACGCGUUUCUUGUGGUGUUAUUACAGACGAUACAAAAAUUGUCUUUCGUAGUAGCACGUCAAUGGUUUAUUUGUUCUUGCAAAUGUCUUCCGAAAUGUGGGAUUUUGAUAUACAUGGUGAUCUUUACUUUGAAAAAUCUGUUAAUGGCUUUCUCACUGAACUGUUUCAUAAAUGGAAAAAACUUGGUUGUAAUCAUGAAGUUACCAUUGUACUCUUCUCACGUACAUUUUACGCUGCCAAAUCAUUAGAGGAAUUUCCCGAACAUAUGAGAGACUGCCUGCAAAUGGAUUAUAAAGGGCGAUUUUAUGAGGACUUCUAUCGCGUAGCUAUUCAAAAUGAACGCAAUGAUGAUUGGUGUACAGUUUUGGGGCAAUUACGUAAACUUUUUACUACCUAUCAGUCGACCGUUUUAAGCUAUCACUCACGUGACAGUAUUGAUGUACCGCCUGCUUAUAAUUCAACAGCGGCCCAAGGAAACUUUUUAGAAGUUUUGAAUAUUUCCCUAAAUACUUUUGAGAAGCAUUACUUGGAUCGUACAUUUGACAGAACGGGGCAAUUGUCAGUGGUCAUUACACCAGGCGUAGGUGUAUUUGAAGUGGAUCGCGAGCUAACAAAUAUAACUAAACAACGGAUUAUAGAUAAUGGUGUCGGUAGCGAUUUAGUGUGUGUGGGAGAGCAGCCUUUGCAUGCCGUGCCGUUGUUAAAAUUUCAUAACAAGGAUACGACAUUGACAUCUGCUGAUGAUUAUUCUUUGCCACAUUGGAUUAAUUUAAGCUUUUAUUCCACUAAUAAGAAAAUUGCUUACUCAAAUUUCAUACCACGUAUAAAAUUACCAGCCAUGAUUGCAAAUGCUCCCAUUCAUAUGAAUUACAAUAGCGAAAACGAGAAAAAUUUUUUGAGUUGCAAUCAAUCUGAAUAUAUACACAAUUCUUUAUUCGAUUAUGAAGCCUAUGACGAUCAAAUAUUUCAAGCACCACCAGCUCAGGGUACAUGUUCUCUGCAACAUGUGAUACGUGCAAAGAAGACUUCAGUGCCCAGUUUAGAAACUUAUGCUUAUCAAAACAAUGAUUGGGAAAAUUUUACGCCUAUUAAAUUGCCUACGUUAAGGCGUAAAAUGUCUGAUCCUGAUAUACAUCAUGGCACGUCCGGAAUUUUGGCCGCUAUGACGGAAGCGACUAACUUAUCAGAAUCAUUGGCUUCAGAGAAAAAUACACGUCGUUCAAUUGUCUCUAUUACGCCUAUAGUCAGGCCUGGGCGUGCCCUAAUUAAUCCAUUUGAUCCUUCACAUGUUACCAUAAAGCUUACAUCGAAUAGGCGACGAUGGACACACAUUUUCCCUAAAGGUCCAACGGGUGUACUAAUACAGCAGCAUCAUUAUCAGGCAGUUCCCGCGAAACCGCAUAAUAAUAAUUUGAAUAGCAGUAAUGAAAAUGAUUACUCAUCUUGUUACAAUUCCAUGGACUAUGAUCAUACCUCGAACUGUUCAUUUUCCUCCAAUAGUGGUGAUAUAGAAAAAGUUGAUUUUUUAAAGAAACGCAAUAGCUCCCUGUUGAGUCCAACUAAUUUAAUUACAAAUGCCAAUGGGGCCACGGCGCCAGCGAAAAGUUUUCUAUGGGGCGCCACUGGCGAACAGGAGUGGACUCCGGCUAUCACUACAGUGAAUGUUUGUACGCGUAAAGAAUUAAAUCCUAUAGUUGAAACAGAAUCUUCUAUCGUUCGGAAUGUCUACGAGGCAGAGGCAGAUGGCAAAGGAAAAGUAAUCAUAGGUGUGGAUUGGAAAUCCCUUACUAUACCGGCCUGUUUGCCAAUCACGACUGAUUAUUUUCCUGAUAAACGUUCUUUACAUAACGAUUACGUGAUAUCCGAUUACACUUUAUUGCCGGAUGAUGUCAAUUUUGAUUAUGCAAAUAGUCGUGCCGUUUAUCGGAAGCCAUUAUCUACUGAGGAAGUGUUCACCGAAAUUGUAUCACAACGUUUGGCUCAAGGUUUUCAAUUAAUAAUAUUUGAAGAGAAAUCAAAUGGAUCGCCAGCUCAGGCACCCUGUUGCGGUGGCUUAAAGCAACAGCGUUUAACAUCCGUUUUAAAUAUGAAACUCGGUCAAGAGAUAUCCAAAGAGUAUCUAUUAUCAAUUGGUAGAAUAUUUCAUAAAAUAUCGUUGAACGGUUCGGUAAUAACAGUAACUGGAUACAGACCAAGGCAUCCGUAUCCACCAAUUAAUGUUGACUAUAGGUAUCGAUUUCAUGCACCACAACAUGAAACCUAUGAAAUAUCGGGCGUUAAUUUUAAAACGGAAAAAUUGGAAAAUUUUAAUUGGAAUUAUAUGGAUCACUAUAUAUGCACACGUGGUGAUAUUGAUUAUCCCCUAAUGGAGAGCUUAAAAUAUUGGCGUUAUCGUAUGUAUCUGCUGCCGAAAGAGAAUAAAGCGAUGAAUAAAAUUAUUGAUAAUGGCUGUCAAUAUUGUGAUGUUUAUACGGAUUUGACCUUAGAUAAUACCAAACAACAAAUUGAUGAAUUUAUGCGUUUUAUGGAAUUGCAUAUAAAUAAAUUGAAACGUCGUAAAACACGGGACAGUCCCAUCGCACAAAGUCAUCUAACAAGAAGACGUCACAGUACCAGCAUAAUCUCCAGACCUCCACCUAAUCAGGGCCUUACAAAUUCUCCAUUUCGGGAACGUGUGGGCAGCAAUCGUUUACCUGAAAAACGUCCAAGUUUUAUAUCGCGUCAAACGUUAAGCAAAGUCGAUCGUGGUCGCAUUCAUCCGGCAGCCGAUGCAGCUGCUAUGGCUUUAAGCGCUGACUUAGGUAACCGUGACGACUUUGAUGAUGACGCAGUGACCGAAAUUAAAUUACGACCGAACGCGCCGGUGAUUGAAAUUUUUGAGGUUAUGAAGCAUCCUGUUAGUGGUGUAGGCUUCAUAUCUCAAACUCAAAGCCUUCCUUCAUGCACAUUCGUUUCGUAUGAUGCUUUAUUAUGGCUUAAAAAUCGUCUCGAUAAUAAUUGUAAUCCUCUAGCGAUAUUGGAAGCCAUGAGAAAAGAAAAACUGAUUUGUCACGCCUCGGGAGAUUGGAAUAAACCAGUGAUACCCGGUUUCUAUUUGUAUUAUAUUGCGCAACAGGAUAAAAACUCGAAAGAUUAUAUACGUCCUCUAAAUGAUUUAACCGCAUUUGAGAAUGAAUGGAUGGAAAUUGAGGUACAAGGUUGUGAUAAUUUAUGGUUCGACGAUUUUCCAACAUCAAAUGUACCCAAUUUUCUUAAGGAAGUGCCAACACCUCAAUUAUGGACAGAUUAUUGCAAAAAUGAAAAAGUUUAUCGUCAUUCUCAUCUCGAAAUUGAUGUGAAUCAGAAGAGCGAACGUAUGGAAUGGGGACAUGUAAAAUAUCAUACCGUCAUACAGGCUGGUUAUGCUUUUGAAAUCGUUGUAGAAUGGGUAACAUCAUCGGGACCUAUCGUUUGGGAUUUGAUUAAUGGUUGGAUCCGUAAGGCAAAUCAAUGUAACUAUCAGUUAGUGGCAAUACCAGCUGAUCCCAUGGCCGAGCCAUUUACAGAAAAAUCAGAUCCUCUAAGAGGACCCAUAUUUAUUCCUUUAUCAAUGAAUUUCCUUAACAAUGACGACAACUUAUUUGAAGAAUUUUUGGAGGAAACUAGAGCCGAUCGUGUCUUACUCUUUCAGGAGGCAAUUUUAACACGUUUCGGCUUUUUGCCUUGUGUUAUCGAAAAGAAAUAUAUGAACAAAGACGUGCCAAAAGAAUAUCAAUAUGUUCACUGCUCGGGUAAUAUGUUUGCGCUUAUACGUUGUUCAAAAAAUACGAAAUAUCAAUUCGGCUCACCAAGUCGCCAAGAGGCGAACGUUACUCGUUGCGUUUAUGGUCAUACGAAUAAUACCAAUGUUCCUAAAAAGGUGGGUUUUCUUUGGGCGUGGAAUCACAUGAUACCUAAUAAGAAAUGGAAAUCGCUGACCAUAAACAAUUCGCCGGAUGGAGAAUUGUUUCAAUUGAAAAUGCUUAGAGAUUUUCGUGACUUUUGCUCGAACAAUGACAAUCGAUUGGCACAAUUUUGGCAUCACAGUCAAGAACUCAAGCGCAAAGCCCUAAAUCUUGAAAAUUCUUAUAUUCAAAAUGCGGAUGUAAAAAUCAUUUAAUUUU